GCCUACUUUCCCAAGUGGCUAGCUGAGAAUAAGCACCGCUCAGCCAGUUUAACGCAGUUUGCAUGGCAAUUCGCUGCUAGGUCGAAGUGGGAAGACUGAAAGCAGCUGAAGCAGCGUCACCUCGGCGUGUUGUUGUGGGGUUAAGUGGCCAUGUAGUCUGGAUACGACGACAGAGAAGCAGCUUUAGCGAACAUUGAGCCAGUGACACUUUCAACCAAAACAAUGUUGACAGACGACCUGUGGACACACACCAACACACAGUCAUUUCAAGGAUGGAUAAAGGUGGAGUGAAGAAGAUAACAUAUAGAAGAGAUGACCAUUUAAGCAAGCUGGUCUACACUGAAAGCUCUGAGGAGGGAGGUCCGUUGAAAGUGGCUCCUCACAGCGCAGUGUCCAUCACCACCACCUCUGUCGUCCUUCCAUCCAGCCCUUUGAUGCAGCCAGGACAGGUGCCCAACGGCCUCAGCAACAGCCCCCUUCCAGAGGAGCUCACCUCCGCCUCCUUCACUGCCACAGUAGGCCCCUUGCAGGUAGACCCAGAGCCCAGGGGCGCGACCAAAGAUCAGAGGUCCCAGCAGCAGUUGCUCCAGUCGUCUACCACGUUUGGUCAAACCCUGGGGGAGAAUUUGCCCCAGCUGGAAGCCAGUAUAGCAGACAUUACCCAGUCCUCCAUGGAUUCACUCAUUGGGGGAUCAGAUCCCAACUUUUUUGCCAUGAAAACAGAAGAUUUCUCCAUGGAUAAAGACCAGGAUCCCAUCGACCUCGACCAUGCCUUGGAGCACAUUGGGAAAGAUGUGGAUGUCAACCAGAAAUUGUUCAGUGACAACACACUGGACCUGCUCCAUGAUUUUGAGCUCACCGGGUCCCCCUCAGAUUUUUAUGUAGGGGACGAUGCCUUCCUGUCUACUCUGGCAGAUGAUUCUCUGCUUGGCGAUGUGAGCUCGGAAAGGGACAUCAAACCUGCCAUGGUUGAGAGCAGUAAUGGCAGCGGCACAAUCUCUGUUGCUCUCAAUGGCAGCAAUAUGGCAAGUCCAGAUCAGUCCAGCUCUAGCAUAUCUACAACUGCCAGUUUAACACCUACAACCACUUUGUCUACGUUGGUGAAGAAAGAAAAGGAUGCUGGCUUCAUUCAACUCUGCACCCCAGGUGUGAUCAAACAGGAGAAGACAUCUGCAGGCCUGAGUUAUUGCCAAAUGAGCGGUGCGUCCUCCACAGACCUGCCCAGCUCUAGCCCUAUCUCCAUCUGUGGGGUCAGCACUUCAGGAGGACAGAGCUACCACUUUGGAGUCAGCCCGAGCAGCUGCAAUGAUGAUCAGCAGCAGAAGGAUCAAAAGCCAGUGACCAACCUGUAUCUCCCAGUGACGACCAUUGGCGGGGUGUGGAACAGAGGCCAAAGUGUUUUGGACAACUCAGCAAUGCACAGGGUUACUGAGGCUUUCUCAAGCUCUCCCACCUACCCCACCAGUUUUGCCAGUUCCGCUUCCAGACAGGAAGGGGGCAUUGCUACAUCCUCGUCACAGGGAAAGAGUGGGACUCACAAAAUCUGCCUGGUGUGCUCUGAUGAGGCUUCAGGAUGCCAUUAUGGCGUACUCACCUGCGGCAGUUGCAAGGUCUUCUUUAAGAGAGCAGUGGAAGGGCAGCAUAAUUACCUGUGUGCUGGGAGGAAUGACUGCAUCAUAGACAAGAUCAGGAGGAAAAACUGCCCAGCCUGCCGCUUCCGCAAGUGUCUGAUGGCAGGCAUGAACCUGGAAGCACGCAAAACCAAGAAAUUGAAUCGCUUAAAAGGCGUCCAGCCGAGCAACCCACCCGAGGCUAAUCCCUCUCCACCAGUGGAGGCUCGCGCUCUUGUACCCAAGUGCAUGCCUCAACUUGUCCCCACAAUGCUGUCCCUGCUGAAGGCCAUCGAGCCAGACACCUUUUACGCCGGCUACGACAGCACCCUGCCCGACACCUCCACUCGCCUCAUGACCACCCUCAACAGGCUGGGCGGCCGACAGGUCAUCUCUGCUGUCAAGUGGGCCAAGGCUCUGCCAGGUUUUAGGAACCUGCACCUGGAUGACCAGAUGACCCUUCUGCAGUGCUCCUGGCUCUUCCUCAUGUCUUUCGGUCUGGGCUGGAGGUCUUACCAACAAUGCAAUGGUGACAUGCUCUGUUUCGCACCGGACCUCGUUAUCAAUGAGGAGCGGAUGAAGCUGCCCUACAUGGCCGACCAGUGUGAGCAGAUGCUGAAGAUUUCCAGCGAGUUCGUGCGGCUGCAGGUUUCCCACGACGAGUAUCUGUGCAUGAAGGUGCUGCUGCUGCUCAGCACAGUGCCAAAGGACGGCCUGAAAAGUCAGGCGGUGUUCGAAGAGAUUCGGAUGUCGUACAUCAAGGAGCUGGGGAAGGCCAUUGUGAAGCGCGAGGAGAAUUCCAGCCAGAACUGGCAGCGUUUCUACCAGCUCACCAAGCUUCUAGACUCCAUGCAUGAGAUGGUAGGUGGACUGCUCAGCUUCUGCUUCUACACCUUUGUGAAUAAAUCCCUGAGUGUGGAGUUCCCAGAGAUGCUGGCAGAAAUCAUCAGCAACCAGUUACCAAAAUUCAAGGCCGGGAGUGUCAAACCACUCCUGUUCCACCAGAGAUGACUCUGCCCCAUAACAGACACAAUGCCUUAAAAUCCCACCACAUCACCUCACCACCCCCACAUCCCGAAGAGCGACGAUGAAAUGGACCGAGGAAUCGAGACAACGAGUGAAUGAUGUUUUUGGGAGCGAGUAUGCAACUUUGUAGUAGCUUACGGGUCUGUAGUGAAAGAGAGACUGGAAGAGUUUGCGUAGGACCAGACAGCGAGCACAGAAGUUCAUGUUUUGUUGAGCAGUCUAACGGCAUGUUCAGACCGGAUGCGGAAGCUUUGCGUAACACCGCGUUCUGUCAAAUCUCGCAUAAGCAGAAGUCUGGCUGUUCACUGUGCCAGUCAACAAGUGAUUCUGGUCUUUUCUAAUCACAUUUAGUGCUGAACUUUAUCAUGGGUAAGUAAUAACCUCAUCAAUUUGACAUUUGAUUAGCCUAGACUACCCUAUUGUGACCCCACCUCCACCUGUGCGUCUGUCUGUCUGUCUGUCUGUCUGUGUGUGUCUGUGUGUGUGUGUGUGUGUGUGUGUGUGUGUGUGUGUGUGUGUCUGCUUGUCUCUUUUGCUCUUAGUUUCAACAUAACUGACAAAUAUGUGUGUUUGUGUGUGUGUGUGUGUGUCUGUGUCUACAUAUGAGGCUCGACAGCCAGUGCCAUCAUCAAUAUUUUCAGACAAACUUCUAUCCCUCAUAGUCUUCCUACCCGGCUCAAUCUCUUCUGUGCAGUUACGGCUCCUCCAUCAAAAAUAAACCAGGCGGAGCUAUAUAAUUUAUAAUAGAUUAUAAGUGUUUCUCGGCAGAUUCGCUUGUGGCACGCUGAGAAAUAGUCCAGAAGCCAAAAGCUGCAGAUCGUGAGACAGCCGCGGCGCGUCCGGUUUGUACGUAACCCAGCACUUCCACAUCCGGUCUGAACCCACUGUGAGAUGUAGUGUAUAACAAGUAGGAAUUGUUUGUAAGAUAAAAGAUAAUCACAGAGAGAAAUAGGUUUAACAUCCAUGUCGUCUCAGGUUUCUUACCUUCAAAUACACAACGAUAUCUAAAACAGAUAAAACAAAUAUCUAUGUACAGGUUCUGAUAGUAUUUUCUACAUUUUCAAAUUCUAACAGUUUAUACAAUUUUCCAGGUCAUUGUUACCUGGGAAGGUAACAAAGCUUAAUUAAUAACAUGCUCUUAAAUAUGCUUUUAGACUGUAUGUUCCUCUUUUAGUUUUUAUAAGAGGUUGUAACAAAAUGUUUAUCAGUCACAUGAGGGGAUACAAAUGUUUUCCAGUCAUUUAAAAAGCAUAUUUCACUGCUUUUAUACUCUGGACAUAGGAAACAAUUCUGCUGGAUUGUUUACCGAAGUGCGCAAUUGAAAGGAUGAUUUCUCCCACAAGCUGACCUCUUCCAGGUUUACACACGUCUAUUAUAAAAGGGAAAAAAAUAUGUGCCUUUUUUGCUUCGAAUAUUAUCUUAGCCAUCUCUUCUUUCCUGUCCAAGGAGUGCUUCUCUUUAACCCAUCAUGGUCUACCCUCAUCAUAUGUUGAUUGUACUUUUAUAUUACAUGCAGUUGCAAGUUUUCCUUUUUUUGUUUUCUUCUUUUUUUUCAUUGGCUGUGUUUAUCUUUUAGAAGUGGCAGCUCGGACAUCCUCCGUGCAUAGAAAUGAUCCUUAUCGUUAAAACAGAAUACUCAAAAUCUGCUUCCACUCACACUAUCCCACGCACAUUUUAACUCCUCAAGUGCGAUUCGAGCACUUUGUACCCUGCUAAAGGCUUUAAAAGACUGUGAAGAAAGACUGUUAUACUGUACCAGUCUUUGAUAUAUGACGUUAGAUGGACGUUAGAACUUUUUCUAUUAGGAAUAUAGCCCGCUUCGAUCUUUAUUUUAGCCCCCUCCUUCUGCCCCAAUAGUCUAAUGAUGGAAUGUGAUAGAUACCUGCGUUUACCAAUCAGAAACGAGAGAGCAUGUUUUAUUGUGUGUGCAAGAUUAUGUCAUUUUAUAAUUUGUCGGGAAAGCACAUUUUUGUGGUUUUAACUCGGCUCAAAUUGGUUGGAAAAUAACCGUCCUACAUUUUUUAACUUCUUCAUACAGUCUGUUGUAAAAAUAAAAAAAUAAAAAAUCCUGGCAAACAUGCAGUUGUGAUUCAGCCAGUAAUGAUCCAGUAUAUCCAUGAUCUUUGGAUAAUUUGUUAUCAACGCCAGAUUCUUUUUUGCAUUGCUACAUUUGUUAUGAACAGUUUGACAUUAGGGGAAAUAAUCUUUAUUUGCUUCCUUGUCUUGAAGUAGAUGAGAGGAUGGAUACUCCUGACAUGUUCGUAUGGUGAAUAUGGAGCGUAGGUACCAUAAACUCCCUGGCAACUAGUUCCGAGCCAAAAAAAACUGACAUAUAACCAUAAAAUGGUAAACUGUUGUUUUUACACUUUUGUACAGAUUAAACAAAUAAUAUACAGUAUGUUUGUUAGUGAGCUUCAGCGGAGCUUGAAUGCAGAUUUUUAUACAUUCAGACAGCCAGGCUAGCUGUUUCUAAGCUAAGACAACCAGCUGCCUGUUUCACCUAAAUGUUUAGCAUACAGACUAAGUGGUACCAAUUUUCUCAUCUAACUCUGGGCAAGAAAGCGAUAAAUGUAAUUCCUAAAAGGUCAAACAACUCCUUUAAAAUGAUGAGUUUGUAUUACAGACAGCUUGUGUAUACAGUUCUUUGGAUCAGGCGUCAGCAAAUGCAUUAUUAACCUAUAAGCCUAACUUUUUACUACCCCAUCUGCUCCUUAAACCUCAUGUAGACACCUUGUCGUAAUGUUCGUGUCUUUAGUACAUUUGCACGUGUAUUUGUCUGUCAGUCGAGCCCCAAUGUUUGAGAGCACUUAGCUUCCAUCACCUCAUAGAGUCGUCUCACAGUGAAAGUGUAGCAUCGCUGAAUGGGGAGGCAGGCAAAAUGGAUCCUUCAUUCUCUGGGAACUAUUUCAGUGCCAAACUCCUUUUGUCUGUUUAUCAACGAUGCUCAAAGUUUGUCAGUGUUUGUAUCAAAAGGGGAGAACAAGUCCUGGCAGUGAAGCUUUUAAAUUAGUUCAACGAGUUGUGAAUCAUCUGAGCUUCUCUCCCCUCGAUUGAAGUCACUAUUAAUGAUCGAUAAAUGAGUUUAACACAAGACACUCACAGAUGUGUCAUCCCACAGAAUGUGGGUCUAUCAGUAUACCUUUCUUUCUUUGUGUGUGGUUUAAGUAAGCGGGACAUUUUUCAUCAGUGUGUUUUAUAGCCCUGUCGUAUUUUUGUUUUUUACACAAAAUAAUCCAGGUUUUGAAAAUGAAUGUGAAUCUUCAAGAGGGAUUCAUUGAGUUUGAAAACAAUAACUCUUGACAGAUUAAAGGAGACGCCCUGUCCGAUUUAAACAAUUGGAUAAAUAUGUCAGAUGAGAAACUACAAAGUGCUCACUGGUACAUUUAAAACAAGGGAAAUGUCUAAUUGUUUUCUUCUGUUAAAGUAAUAAUCCUGAAGAUCAGUUUCGUUCUCUUUGGCGGCACCAAUGGCGAUAAACUGUAAUUUCAGGUGUGUUUCUGGACCUCACUUCCCAGAGAUCAAAACAGUGUCGCCUGUGUGAUGUCAGUCAGUUGACAAUUUGUGAGCAAGUCUGUUGGUUUAGCUCCGCCUACCCUGUCUGGCGGACCAACCACUGCUGGGUGAUGGAAAACAUGUCACAAAAUUUUCACUGCUUGUGAUUUUUCCUGUGAAAGUUGCCACCGACACCCAGUUCAUAAUACUGCAAAUACAAGGGCUUUGAUCAGUGGGCCAUAGACUCAAUCAUCAUUGUGUUACCUCAUUCAGCAAACGUGACUUACAGACGUUAAAAAAAAAUCUUCGAGAUUAUUACUUUAACUAUCCCAACAUCAAAUUUAAACACACUCAUGAUAAGUUUUGAACCGCUCCCAUGCUCAGGUUGUUGAAAUUUGAUGUCUUGUACAUACAGUAAGUGGUUUUCCAUGUUUAGUCGUUCAUGUUCUGACUUCAAGAACCAAAAACAUGUAGUUUGGAUUCCCAAUAUUUGUCUGCUUCUGUGCUUUAUGGUGUAUUUUUGUCAGGAAAAAGUUCACUUUGACAGAAGUAUCAGGAAUGUGCUGCCACCGUCAUCAUUAAUACCCAGGCUCAGUCCUCCAGUGUCUGAAAAAAAGACACUUCUCAUCUUUUUUUCUUUCUUUCUGGUGAAUCUUCAGAAGCCACUCUCUUUCAUUAACUGCAUUUUAAGGGUUAACCAUGGGUUACUUUCACAUUCAGUGUAUCCAAAAUCUCUGAUGCUGCUGCUCAUUUUAAACAGGUAUAUAUGAAACCGCACACUUGCCUCUUCUUGCUCAAAAAUGUAUACUUGCUUACUCUCUUGUACAUUUUUGAGGAGGACAACUGAAUAUGCAAUAGAAAUAACAGAUAAUCUAUCACCAUCACAUUACAAGAUGUGGUUGCUUCCUCUUUUUUUCCCCCGAUAUAAGCUAUUUGCAAACAGGAGAUUCACAUUUAACUUUAUCUCUGCAGGCCAGAUUUUCAGGAAUAGAUGCACUUAGUCAGUAAUCAGUCCACACAGACUGCACAGAAAGCCUAUUUGAUGUUUGACUACAAGGUGACCAAAGCAAGUACAGACAGAAUCAACGUGAGUCAGCAUAAACUAAGUAGCUCUUAGAAGACAAAUGUACAGUUAUUUGUUGGUUUUAAAAGAAAAAGAAAAUGAAAAAAAAACACAUUUUUUACUCUAACGUGAUGGCUUUGGUCAAAUUGUGUAAUACUGUGAAUAGGAUAGGAGUCAGUCUUUUUCACACACAAACUGUUUGUGAAAGUAAUCAACCAGCUUGAAUCUAAAAAAAAGAUUUGCACUACCCAAAUAUUGUUUGAAAAUCUAUUUUGUAUAAAACAUAUGCAGACAUUAACUUUUGAGAAUUAUCAAGGGCCGAUCAUGUUUCACUGGUAUGUGCUUUCUCUAAAAGCUUUGUUUUGCUUAAAAAAAUUUGAAUAUGUACAUAUAAUCCAUUGUAAAGAAAAUGUGGUGUAUUUGUCUCCAAAUACUAGUUUUUCUAUACACUCUGUAUUAUUUCUCCUCUGUAGUGUGACUCCUGUUGAUUCUCCAUUGAUUAAAGGUCGAACUGUA